AUGCAGCAGUUGGAUCUUUUGAAGACCCUCGCCGUGGUCGCUUUGAUUGUUCCCGCCGCGAUCGCCCUUCCCACAAGAACCGAAUCAAGUAUUAGCAGCUUUGAUGCACCAGUCACCUCUCUUGCCGACAUCCAAGAAUCUCCGUUGAAAGAUCGACGACGCCGCGAGGAAGCCAAAAAAGGUUGCACUUGUAAAGGCAAAUGCGCAGAUUGCGCAUGGGAAGGAUUAAGAAUCACUCCCCCUCAAUGUGAAGCGGCCGACGUCCUGGACAACAAGGAGCAGACUGAAAGUUCAGGGCCCGGAGUUGUUUACGCACUCCAAGAGUCUAAAAGGAUGAUGAAAGAAAUCACUCAGUGGCAAAAGAGGCAACGCGAAAAUAGAUACAAGGGCUCGUGGAGGCUUUGGUAG